CCCUCCCUGCCCGAGGCGAGAGAGGAAGAGGAAGAGAGCUGCGAGAGGUUUGGGAGAACUUUGAGUUGAUCACUGAAACGCUUCAGUUUUGCUUGUAAAUCAUCUGUGUGUGUGGAGAUUAACAGCACACAGCCCCAUGCAUGUCAACUCAGAAGUAAAGACCCAUUGAAUGCAAUAGGACCUAACUCCCACGUAGCUGCAUAGAGGAUUGCAAUCUAAUUUUUUUUUUCAAGGGCUCUUUGGCCUUGUGAGACUAAGCAGGAGCUCUUUCAAGCAAUCUUUGCUCUAGGAAUGGAAGGCGCUUUAGAGCAAGGGGGUCUUUUGGCCCUGGUGGGAGCUGAAAGUGACCUCGGAGGGAAAACGGAUAUGUCAGGCCCAACAGGGGAGGGACCAGGAAAAGGUCCUGAUUCCAUCCUGGCUGAGAACUGUGGGGAAUUCAGGAAAAGAGCUGGGCAGAAGAUCCUGGAUGAAGGAGUCAUCAGUUCGGACAUUCAAUGCCAGCGUUUCAGGGAUUUCCGCUACCAGGAGGCCAAAGACCCCCGAGAGGUUUGCAGCCGACUCCACAAUCUCUGCCAUCAGUGGCUGAAGCCAAAAAGGCACUCGAAAGCCCAGAUGCUGGACCUGGUGGUCCUGGAGCAGUUCCUGGCUGUCCUCCCCCCGGAGAUGGAGAACUGGGUGAGGGAAUGCAGAGCGGAGACCAGUUCCCAGGCGGUGGCCCUAGCAGAAGGUUUCCUUCUGAGCCAGGUGGAGGGGAAGAGGCAGGAAGAGGAGGAGGAGCAGGUGCUGGAGCUGAUCAUUGAUUCCCCCAAGCUGAAGGACAAUUUGCCAAGUUCCCAUCAGAAGCCGUUCUUCGGGGUGAUCGCACAAGAGGGUCAGACUUGGAACAUGUUACUGGGGAAUGCAUUCCCCUCAGUGGCACUCCCUAAACCGUCUCGUCAUAGCAGAGCAGAAACUCCUGCCAUGCAGCCAGCUCAGGGCCCCCUGUCCUUUGAGGAGGUGGCUGUGUGCUUCACUGAGGAGGAGUGGGCUCUGCUAGAUCCGGGCCAAAGAACGUUGUACAGGGAAGUCAUGCUGGAGAAUUCUCGGAACGUGGCCUCUCUAGAGGGUGAUGGGUGGGCCCCUAAGAAUGAUGAGGGGCCACAUGGAGAGUCGUUAGAAAGGAACAAGUACCGAGAGACAGAAGAGGAAAUCCUAAAUCAUGAGGGGCCAAAAAAUCAGGAGGGGAAUCAAAUGGCAAUGUGGAGGCAUGAAUCCAUUCCUUGGCAGGGUGGCAACUUCCUUGAAGUUCCAGUUCAGCAAGAAAAACAGAAUGGAAUGAAAAGAAAUGUCUGCCCAGUGUGUGGGAAAGGAUUCAGUCAUAAAUCGGACCUUAAUGUCCAUUGGAGAAUCCACACGGGAGAGAAACCAUUUAAAUGUCUGGAGUGUGGAAAGAGCUUCACACAGCGUGCAAAUCUCGCAUCACAUCAAAGAAUUCACACGGGAGAGAGACCAUAUAAAUGUUCAGAAUGUGGAAAGGGCUUUUAUGACAAAUCAAGCCUUGCUAUACACCAAAGAAUUCACACAGGGGAAAAGCCAUAUCAGUGCUUGGUAUGUGGAAAGAGCUUCCAUCAAAGUUUUGGUCUUACUUCCCAUCAAAGAAUUCACACAGGAGAGAAGCCCUAUGUCUGUUCAUACUGUGGAAAGGGCUUUUAUGAUAAGCCACACCUUACUAGACACCAAAGAGUUCACACUGGGGAGAAACCAUAUAAAUGUUUGGUGUGUGAAAAGAGCUUUAGUCAGAUCACAAGCUACACUUCCCAUCAAAGAAUCCACACCGGAGAGAGACCCUUUGUGUGCUCACACUGUGGGAAGAGCUUUUAUGACAAAUCGAACCUUCUUACCCACCAAAGAAUUCACACAGGAGAGAAACGAUAUAAAUGCCUAGAGUGUGGGAAGAGCUUCAGCCAGAAAAAAAAUCUUACUUGCCAUCAAAGUAUACACACGGGAGAAAAACCAUACCAGUGCCUGGAGUGUGGAAAAUAUUUUAGGCAGCAUACAGACCUUACUUCCCAUCAGAGAAUUCACACAGGGGAAAAACCCUAUCAGUGUCUGGAAUGUGGAAAGAGCUUCAAUCGGAGCACUAACCUUAUUCGGCAUCAACGGAUCCACACAGGAGAGAAACCAUUUAAAUGCUCAGAGUGUGGAAAGAGCUUCAGCCAGAAAAUGAACCUUACUAGACAUCAAAGAGUGCACACAAGGGACAAACCCCAUGAAUGUUCAGUGUGUGGGAAGAACUUCAGUCAGAACACAACCCUUAAGAUACAUCAAAGAAUCCACACAGGGGAGAAACCAUAUACAUGCUCAGAGUGUGGCAACAGCUUCCGUCAGAAGAUAAACCUUACUAGACAUCAAAGAGCGCACACAGGAGAGAAACCAUAUAAAUGCUCAGAGUGUGGGAAGAGCUUUAGCCACAGCUCAAGCCUUAAUGAUCAUCAAAGGAUCCACACAGGUGAGAAACCGUAUACAUGCUCAGAGUGUGGAAAGAGCUUCAGCCAGAUCACAAGCUUUUCUUACCAUCAGAGACUUCACUCAAAAGGGAAACCAUACAAAUGUUCUGAGUGUGGAAAAAGCUUCAGCCAUUGCUCAAACCUUAAUGAACAUCUAAGAAUACACACUGGAGAGAAACCAUAUGAAUGCUCAGAGUGCGAAAAGACCUUCAGUCAGAAGAUAAACCUUGCUAGACAUCAAAGAGUACAUACAGGAGAGAAACCUUAUCCGUGCUUAGAGUGUGGAAAGAGGUUCAGUGAUGGCUCAAGCCUUACUGCCCAUCAAAGAAUACACACAGGAGAGAAACCAUAUAAAUGCUCGGAAUGUGGAAAGAGCUUCAGCCAACUCACUAACUUUACUUACCAUCAAAGAAUCCACACAGGAGAGAAACCAUAUAAAUGCCCAGAGUGUGGAAAGAGUUUUAGUCAGAAGAUAAACCUUAUUCGACAUCAAAGAGUUCACAAAGGAAGGCAUCCUGAGAUUGGUAGACGUGUUUGGAAUGUGGAAAGAACUUGAUAGACCACAGAUCUUGAUAUCCAAUGAUUCACAUGUAGGGAACAUCUUAUAAAAAGUGUGGAGCUUUUCUGGCCGAUGUGAUUUUAACCACCAGAGAGAAUCCACACGGGAGAGAAACCUUGUGCUUGUUGUUGUUAUAUGUCUUCAAGUCGAUUACGACUUAUGGUGGCUCUAUGAAACACCAACCUCUACCUGUUCAGAUCUUGUAAGUUCAGGUCUGUGGCUUCCUUUACGGAAUCAAUCCAUCUCUUGUUUGGCCUUCCUCUUUUUCUACUCCCUUCUGUUUUUCCCAGCAUUAUUGUCUUUCUCACAUUCCAUGAAUAUCGUGACAGAUAAAGAACAAGAUAGAUUUUUUAAAUAGAUAUAUUAACUGUGGAUUGAGACAAAUCCUCGCGCUUGGCUCACCCCCAGUGAAAUUGGUUGUCAGUCGGUUCAAGACCGACAAAGGAAAUAUUUCUUCACCCACCACACUGUAGGCAAGUUACAGAAAUUAUGUCCUCAAUGUUUGAUGAGGACUAGACAGCUGUAGAAAUGGAUUAGGCAAAUUCUUGAAGGGCAGGUCUGUCCAUGGCUAUGAUUUUAGGUAGUUAAGACUGGCUCCUGUGUGUGCAUGGACAGUGUAGCUCUGAAGGACAGCAGGCUAAACAGAUAGGAAAAGGCUAACAUACUCAUGUUUGCUUGGCGUCCAUGGAGUCACCAGGCUGGUGCUCUUGGGAGGCCCGAGUGCUGAGCUUAGAUGGACCAUGGGACUAAUUGCCCCAUGACUGCCCUUCUAUGGAUAUAGGAAGAUGGGCCAUGACUCCAUAGGAAGCUUCAAGCAGACUCCAUCAGACAGCCAUCAGCUGGAGAUGCUGUAGCUCAGGAUUUCUUGCAUCAAGCAGGGGUUUGAUUAUACAGCCUACGAAUCCUCCCAGCAACUCUAUGAUUCUGUGAGUUUGCAUGCAGAAGAUAUGCUCUACCACAGGAUUCUGAUCUCUCUGUAAAUCUCCUUUUUCUCCAUUCUGUAAAGUGGGGCAAUAUUUGUGGUUGUAUUUGUGUUGGCAGAUGUUGGAUAGUUUACAGACGUUUUUUGGCAAUGUUGCCUCAAUUGUUCCCUGCGCUCUCCGCUUAUCCCUGGUCGCUGGUUUGAUAGGGAGUCGAAUUCCUUCCUACCUUUAUGAACAACAAAGAGUCUUGAGGCAUCCUAAAGACUAGCGUGUUUAAUUGCACAUCAGCAGCCAUGAAUUCUGAGGUUGUCUGCACCACCGUGCCCCACAGAACCGGAUUCCUGUGUUUCUUUGGAGGGACAAACUUCAGCAGGCUGGAAAGAGGAAGCUUUUAGAACUGGAGUGCGACACACCACUUUGCCAAAUGAGGGGUGGAUGUUUUCUGCCAUCCUGCCUGGUUAGUGGAAUAGUCAACAAUCCUAUGAGGACUGUGGGAGGGGAGGGGAGUUGUUUUAGAAGGGACAUGAACUGGCCCUGUCAAAGAUCCAUCCCCUCGGGGUUCCUUACCCUCAGUACUCCAAGGGGGUUCUUUGCUUCUGAGAACAGGCCCCACCACACUGGGUUCCCACUUCUCAGGCACACUCCUCCCUUUCCACGGAAGUAAUUACCCCUGGUAUUCACUGCCACCACCCUUCUUUCUGAAUUCUUCCUCUGAGUGAAGGGACCUCAGAGAACUAUGUGAUUUUAGAGGGAUUGACCCUCACUAAUCAAUCUGUAGCGUUCAACCUUCCAGCGCUAGAUUUAGAAUCCUUAGUUCUAAGCCAAUACACACCCUUUAUACAAAGAUUGUUUAUUUAAGAGUAGAUACGUUGGUAUAUACAACAGGAGAAAUAGCAGUUUGAUUCCUUAAAGCUAAUCACCCUCAGGUAGGCUACACAUGGUCAUUGGCAUAACAAAAGGAGAGAAGUUCAAUACAGACACGAACUAAAGAAAGACUUAUCCUAACUAGGAUCCUAUACUUACGUCCAGGUAACUAUUCCUUCAUGGAGCAGCCAGGUUCCCAAAAGGCUGUCCCUGUUACAGGUCAGCGAGUCGAGGUAGAUGGAACAAGAGGGAACUCCCCUUUUUGAAAGAAGCUUCUUCAUAUUUAUGGGUUUCUUUUCCUCAACAAAGAGGGGGGAAAGUAAAUAGCCAUAUCCCGCCCCUGCUGGGGAUCCCUUCCUUUGAAGUCUUUGAAGAUUGAGAGAGCAAGACAGCAUCAUCCAGGUGUCCUGAUCUACAAUAUCCCCUCUUCCUGACUUUUAAUCCCAGGAAGCUGAUAAGGAGCAACACCUAAAAAUCAGUUGCAUUUCCUUGCAAGGUUGUAAAUUACCUGUCUGACACUGAGCUUCGGAUCUUCCCCAGUAGGGAAUCUCAAGGAAGACACAGGCUCCCAGAAUUCUCUCUGGUUGCCUCACUUCAGCUUGACCAAAGUUAGCUAUUCUUGACAGGCCCUACCUUCCAUGGAACAGAGGGUGGGUUAACCCCCACCUCAAGAGGGAUACUGUAGAGCUGGAAAAGUCUAGAAAAGGACAACCAAAAUGAUCAAGGGGAUGCAGCGACUCCCCAAUGAGGACAGAUGACAACAUUUGGGGCUUUUUAAGCUUAGAGCAGGGGUGGCCAAACUCGCUUAACGUAAGAGCCACAUACGAUAAACUUCAAAUGUUUCAGAGCCGCAAGACAUGAACAAAUAUUACACACACAUUUUCAUUGUUGCAUGCACAUUUUGUUACAAAAAAAUUAUAUAAAUAUUAUAUAAAUAUUAAGAAAUAUAUGUACGUAAUAAUAUUCAUGUAUGUAGUUUUUAAACUGUUAAUUUGGAUUAGUUUCAAUAAUCACAAAGUACACAUGUCUAUACCAAAUGUUUUCAAACUCCUGAAUGAUUAUUGUUUUAACUAUAUUGAGCAUAUUUAAUAUGGUAAUGAACUACGGAAACAUCUAAGAAAAAUAUGCAAA